CCCAACCCCACAACACACACACACAUAUUUCAGUUUUCAUUACCGGAAUUGAAAGGGAGCGAAGCCACCGAACUUCUGCAAAACUUUUUUCUCACUCUUCUCAAAAAACAGGGUGUCAAAGCAAAGAGGUUGAAGAAAUUAGUUAACAAAAUGGGAUUUUUACGCAGAAAAUUAAAUAAAGUAUUGUUGAAGAAGACGACCCUUUAUCCACCAUAGAAAGCAGUUACUUGAAGACAAUCCCAUUUCACCAAAUCUGUCCUUAAACAAAUCCUCCAUUUUCAAUGUCUCUAUGUGUUUCUCAUCAUUAUAUCACCACCACCACCACCGUCUCUCUCUCGUAUACCAUCUCCUCCUCCCAUGCAUCCCCUUCGCCGGAAAGUCUCCCUCUUCUCCUCCUACACCACCGCCAUGAAACACCGCAAAAACAACAACCUCUCUGUCUUCGUCGUCGUCUUCUCUGUUUUCCUAUUCGGAUUCUUCAUGUACAAUGAAGACGUCAAAUCCAUAGCCGAAUUCCCAUUCUCCAGGCCCAAAUUCGUAACCCACCAAAACGCUCUUCAGAAAUCUAACGUUGAUGGGGUGGUUGAGAUCACUUCCAGAACGACUUUAGUGGUGGAGUCAAAAACAGAGGAGGAUCAGGUGAUUGAGUUGCCGGUUCCGGUGGCAGUUGCGGUGGAGGAAGAACCGGAAGAAGAUGAGGAUAUCGAAUUGCCACCUGAAGAAUGUGAUCUGUAUAAUGGGAAUUGGGUUUAUGAUGAUUCGACACACCCAUUAUAUAAAGAAGAUCAGUGUGAAUUUCUUACUGCUCAGGUGACAUGUAUGAGAAACGGGAGAAAAGAUUCGAUGUAUCAAAACUGGAGAUGGCAACCCAAAGAUUGCAACUUACCCAAGUUUAGGGCAAAAUUAUUGCUGGAAAAACUGAGGAACAAGAGGCUUAUGUUCGUUGGUGAUUCACUGAAUAGAAAUCAGUGGGAAUCAAUGGUGUGUUUGGCUCAAUCCAUUAUUCCUCCGGGAAGAAAGAGCUUGAACAAAACCGGUUCUCUUUCCAUUUUCAGAAUUGAGGAUUAUAAUGCGACCGUGGAAUUUUACUGGGCUCCAUUUUUGGUAGAGUCGAAUUCGGAUGAUCCAAACAUGCAUAGUAUAUUGAACAGAAUCAUAAUGCCCGGAUCCAUAAAGAAACAUGGUAAAAACUGGAAAAAUGUCGAUUAUUUGGUCUUCAACACCUACAUUUGGUGGAUGAACACUUUCUCCAUGAAAGUCUUGCGUGGAUCAUUUGACAAAGGAGCGACAGAAUACGAUGAGGUUGAAAGACCCGUGGCAUAUGCAAGAGUGUUGAAGACAUGGGCUAAAUGGGUUGAUAAAAAUAUCGACACGAAUCGUACAACGGUUUUUUUCAGUAGCAUGUCUCCUCUACAUAUCAAGAGCUUGGACUGGAACAAUCCCGAUGGCAUCAAAUGCGCAAAGGAGACUAGUCCAAUCCUUAACAUGUCCAUGCCCGUAGAGAAUACAGAAAAGAUGCACACACUUCCGUGUACACUAUUCGCCAAGGCAAGAUGUUAA